ACCCAAUACUCUUUAACAUGUGUAGCAAAACUCCUUUCCAGCAGCCCGCGAGUUCACCCACACUGCCGCAAUCCCGCUCGUAUUGUUUACCCCGCCGCCGUCGCCAGUGCGCUCCGCAUACCGCAGCACGGUGCAGGCGCUCUCCGCGACAAUGCACCCCCGAUAAAUAAUCCGCGUCGCAGCGCAGGAUAAUAAACGCGAGAUGUAAGGUUAGGUGCGCGCCAGCAAUCGAAGCAGGAGAAAGUGCCCGCUCGCUGCGUCGAAACAACCCCGCGCGACAGGAAAUCCGGCCGUCGUCGCGUCUCAGAUGUCGAUUGCGCACAAUGGCAACAAACAACGAGAUCAUCCUGCGGCCGGAGAACGCGCCGAUUGCCAAGAAGCAGCUCAUCAAUUUGUUUCCCAAGCAGGUUGAGUGCUCGUACGUCUCCUGCUACUGCGAGGAGAAUGUUUACAAACUGUGCCAGGACGUGGUUGCGCGGCAUUACAAUGAAAUACACAAGUGCUACGCGGUUUUCGUGUCGAAUCCCAAGAGGACUGUGCCUUUAUGGCGACAACGCGCUGGAAAAGAUGAUGAUAAGCUAGUCAUUUGGGAUUAUCAUGUCAUAUUCCUCUAUCAAGCCGAACCGGAUAAGUGUUUGGUUUACGAUCUCGACUCGGAAUUACCGUUUCCCACCUAUGUGCACAAGUACAUCACCGAGACAUUCCGAACGGAUAACAUCCUGAAGCCUGAUUACUUUAGAUAUUUUCGUGUGAUACCUGCGACGGAAUUCCUCAACGAAUUUGCUUCUGAUCGGCGGCAUAUGAAGCGAAACGAUGGCACUUGGAUUAAACCCCCACCGAAUUAUCCUGCGAUACGAAGCACAACGAGUACACACAAUUUAGAAGACUACAUCCAGAUGGAUGUAACCAAAGGUCCUGGUGAAGUCUUCAGCCUGACGCAGUUUGUGCAGCGCUUCUACAAGCCGGCGACUUAGUCGCCACGCUACGACGAUGGCACCGUCCGUGGCGUCCGCGGCAUGUCGAGUUUUAAGCGAAAUUACUUCAUCUAAUUUUUACGCGCGCCUCUGCUGUUUGGUCGACGGGCAAACGUUCUUUUUUUGCUGCCGCAUUUCGACAAACUAAAAACCAAUACAAUAACUAAUUACCAAGCGAAUUUCGGGCAUUUGGUCGUGUUGGGUCGCGCGUAAGCGAUUUCUAAAUUUCAAAUUCGUAAAUUAAGCAUGCGAUUUCAAUGUCUAUAACUACGAAUAUCGAUAGUACCUUUCUCUUCUCUUCUUCUUGUUAUCUUCUCUAUCAGCUUCACGACUAUUUACGACUUAAAAAAUACAAAUUCUCAUACAUAUGUGGAUAAAACAUAAAAACAAAGUUUUAAAAAUCUAAAACUUAUCAUUUUACAAUGUUAUUUGUGCGUUUAGUGUCUUUGAAUUGAGAUUUUUGGAUGUAAUUCGAUUUGAAAAUUCGAAAAAUGUUUUGAUAUUUAAAAUUUUACGAUUUGGCUGUUGUCUAUACACUGAAAACAAAAAGCGAAUCAAUUAUGCGCCCAUUGAAGGCCCUCGCAAUUAACUUAAACUCAAUAUGCACAAUUAUAUCGAUCUACUAAGACGUUUUUAAACCUAUAUAUUGGAGGCGCCGUCUUAUUGACGCUGUACGCGCUCUCCAAUCACAUGUUAUCUUGUACUUUUAUCUCGUUCACUCUUAAGAAUGUUGAUAAACGAAGCGAGAUCGUUUCGUCUAGGUAGAUAAUUGUAUAUUUGCAAAACUUUUUGGGAAAUCAAUAUAUUGAACGUUAUUGUGUGCUGUUGUCGGUUAUCUAGCUACUAAUUCAAGUUAAAGUUUUAUUCGAUGCGUUCAAACGAGCACAGUAUUUGAAAACGAAUGUUAAUUGCAGUUGUGAAGUUUGCGGAUGUGAUGAGCCGAAUGAAAACGGAUUAUUUUCGAAUACUUUUUAAGACUGCACGUUAUGCCUUCCAAGACAAAAUUUCUUCUUAUACAGAACUUAUAACGAUCUAAGGACACGAGGCGACAAAUAUAUUUAAAUCGACAAAUUUUGUGAAAUUUUUAUCAUGCGCGCGCUCGUUGUACACGCGGGCCGCGUUUUUUACAAGUGGAAUAUUUAUUGAUCUAUAUUCAUUGUAGUUUGCAGUCGGCAUACAUAGAUUUUUUAUUACGUGUAGCUUUAAUUAACAUGAACAAAACUGAAAACAUAGCAAUUUGCAAAUAAUGAGAAAACGUGGGGCCUAAGUCGAUUUGCGUAGUUUGUUUUUACGAUGACAAGUAAUACUAGAUAGCGUCGAAUUUAUAAAAUUACAAUGUAAAAUUACCUACACGAUAUGGUUAUGCGUCUGCAUACUGUGGCAACUUUUUGUAUUUUUGCUUAUAAUGAAAUUAUUGUAUUACGGUUUUCAAUAAAGUGAUCGCAUUGUCUGUUUGCAAAUUAA